AACUUCCCCCUCUGACCAAGAUGGCGUCUCUUAGAAAGGAGUGUUAGCAGAGGGUCUUUGUAGUGUUAGAAAGAGGUAAAAUGUGUAAAGUCCAGAUGCUGAGAGCGUUGGUGGAGCAGCGACUAACUGCGGCUGCUGAAGAGAUAUUUGGGCUGUUUGAAAGAACGAUAGCAGAGUACGAGGAGGAACUUUGUCGUUCAAAAGAGGAGAACGAGCGACAACGGGAACUACUGGACGCUGUUUUCAACCCUCAGCUCCGGGUCCACAGAGCAGAUGUCCAGCAUCUGUCAAUGGUAAAAGAAGAGGUUCCCCCUGAGCAGCAGGAGUGUAGCUGCCGUGUGGACCAGCAGGAGCCAGAGGCCCCUCCACACAUUAAAGAGGAAUGGGAGGAACUGUGUAUCAGUCAGGAGGGAGAGCAGCACCAAGGGCUGGAGGAGGCUGAAAACACCAAGUUCCCUUUCACUUUUGUCUCUGUGAAGAGUGAAGAUGAUGAAGAGGAAGCUCAGUCCUCACAGCUUCAUCAAAGACAAACUCAACACAUAGAAACAGAAGCUGAUGGAGAUGACUGUGGAGGACCAGAACCAGCCAGGAACUCACAUCUAGAGACUGGAGACUCUUCUGAACCUGAGACUGAUGACCGUGCUGAUUGGAAGGAGACCAGAGAACCUCAGUCGGCUUUAAACGUUUUGAAACAUGAUUCAACAUUUAAGAAAACCUUUAGCUGCUCGGAGUCUGGGAGAAGAUUUGGCCGCAAGCAACAUCUCCAGACACACAUGAGAACUCAUACAGGAGAGAAACCUUUCAGCUGCUCAAUCUGUAAAAAAUCUUUUACAGUGAGAGGAAGCUUGAAACAACACAUGCGAAUCCACACAGGGCAGAUGCCAUAUAGCUGCUCUGAGUGUGGAAAAAGAUUUAACCACAUCUCAAAUCUGAAGAGUCACUUGAGAACUCAUACAGGAGAGAAGCCCUUCUGCUGCUCAGUUUGUGAUCAGAGAUAUGGCCACAAGACAGACCUGAAGAGACACAUGAUGACUCACACAGGAGAGAAACCAUUCGGCUGCUCAGUUUGUGAUCAACGAUUUUGCUACAAUACACUCCUGAAGAGCCACAUGAUAACUCACACAGGAGAGAAAGCAUUCAGCUGCUCAGGUUGUAAUCAAAGCUUUGGCCGCAAAACAUAUCUGAACAGACACAUGAAAACUCACACAGGAGAGAAACCAUUCAGCUGCUCAGUUUGUGAUCAAAGAUUUGGUCAAAGGUCACACCUGAAGAGACACAUGUUAACUCAUACAGGAGAGAAAGCUUUCAGCUGCUCUGUCUGUAAGAAAUCUUUUAGACGUAGCAGCCAUUUACAAUAUCACAUGAAACAACACACAGGAGAGGAACCGUCUACUUCCUGUGUUAGUGACAUCACAAAGCAGCAGGAUUGGAGCUCUAGUGUGGACCAGGAGCAACCAGAGAAUCUCAGCCAGGUUGGAACUCUCUGAAACAUAGAAAUAAAAUGGAUGGAAGGGCCAUUUUGAUUCAAAUCAA